CUAUAAUCGCGUCUCCCAUAACGCGUGAAUAAAACUGAUGAAGAAUCAGCUUGAAUGAUAAUAACAGCUUUGUCGAAGAGGACUUAUUUGAUCCAUUAUGACCCGACAAUAGAGCUCAUGCGAAGCCGGCCAUUUAGCUCGUUGUAUAGAUCAGCAAUGUCUGCUCUUGGCCAAGCACAGCCAGGAAGAAGCGCGUCGACCCGAGCAAACGACAAAAUUCACUUCUCUCCUCCGUCCAAAGAUUUAAUGAAUCCCAAUUUUUCCGAUGACCUGACGGAAAACUUAUCGGUGCAAGGCAAGAAAAGAAAGCGAGAGACCAUAGGAUCAGCCAAGCCCCUAAAAAAGUCUAUAACCAUAAAACCAUACCCAUCGUCUACAAUCGAUAAACCUUGCCUGCUCACUCCAGUAUUCGUACUGCCCCGAUCAUGCCUCUCUUUCAAACAUCUGGAAGCCUCCUGCUCCUUGGAUGCCCCGCCAACUCGCUUCUUUGCUGGCUACGUGGAGGUUCUCGAGGAUCUAGUCCAAACGAAUGAAUGUGAGGCAUCGGUCCUUAUCUCUAAGCACAACGUGGAAAAAGGCUUGCAUGUGAUUGAGCGGGUAAAGUAUGGUAUUUAUGCCAUUUGCAAACUAGGUAAAUGGGUAACGAUCAAAGAUAUUCGCGUGGAGAACGGGAAAGCCAGUCGGCAACAGAGAUCGGUGCAGAAAUGGCAGACGGACAUUCAACGUGAAGGAGAGUGGUGGACAAAAGCUACUGUGGAAGCUCCCAAGUCGGUACUAUGCGGAAGUGGAAGGAAUGGAGGGAAUGACGCGCAUCCGACGGGUUUGGUCUCCAUGAAGCCGUCCGACAAAUCACCACAGAGGAUUUCAACCCAUGCCGAGAUUAUUUCGACCCAAUUGAUCGAGAGGACGGGAGAUAUCUGUAGCUGCGCAAAUGGUGCAUCGCAGCCACAGAGCGCGCCAGAGAGACCAAGCGUCGAGCCAGCGCCACAAGACAUGCUCGAAAUGGUCGUCACGCAAUAUUUUGAGGCUUUGUAUCUGUCGAAGACUUCACUGGCAUACUUCGCAAAAGGUCCACUCUCCAGAGCGCGAGCGGCGUUCAAUGGCCAAGACCACUUGAAGACACCAAAAGAGCUUGCGGCCUCAUUACGCUCCCUAAUCUUGUCGCUCAAUGUUAUGGAUAAGAAAUACAGAGAAAGUCUGAUGGCAUUGAUUCAGUCCCUACCUGCCGGUGGAACUGUCUCCGAGGAUGAAGAGGAUUACGCUGCCCUAAGAGCCGUUUUCGAGAGAAAGAGCAGGAAAAAGAAGUGCAAGCCUGGAAAAGACGGCAUGUAUCCGCAGGAGCCGCAGCUGGUUGAAAAAUGGUGGAGACUCGGCGACAAUGCCGUGGAAAUUGGCCGAGAUUCUAAAGAAUGGGCCAAAGCAAGACUCGCUCGACUGAGAACGAGAGAGACUCAACUUCAAAUUAUUCUGAUUCUAGAAAUCCUGGCAUUAGAGAAGUUUUCCGCUACUCAUAACGAAAAACAAGAAGCACUUGAGUUCCUAAGAUCAGGCUCGGAAGGCAGCAAGAAGAAACCGCAAAAUCUCACUGUCCUACUGGAUCUCUUGGCCGACAGGCUGUGUAUUUGGCAAUCGUUAAAUAAUGAAGGCAAUGGUGAUGGGGCAUCAGCGUCAACAGCGUCUAAAUCCGUUUCAGACGACACAACGGUCGCACCGACCAAGGAGACAGACUAUAACCAUUUAUAUGAUUUCUGUGUCGAAGUCAUUGUACCUUUCUUUGCAUCUCGUCUGCCUGAAGAUUGCGCCGUGCUUAACCAAAAACUUGGUGGACCAGUCGCAGCAUCUCCUGCUCGACCGAAGAUUUUGAAAUCCUCUUCAUCUCUCAAGACUUCAACUAAGCCUGGCGUCGUUGUCAAGCGAAAUGCGCCCUCUUCUCGAAAACCUCUUAGUAGAGUGUCCAGUGAUGCCAGAGUGUCGUAUUCGCGGCCGCAACGAUCGUUUGCUCGCUCUGCCACAGAAUCAGCCAUUCCAGGUUUGAAGCGGGAAACCAGCGAAACCCCGCUCUUGGAAAUUCCAGAGAUUGAUACUACCCAACCUCUGCUCAGCAAUCGGAGAGACCUACUGAAGUCUAAGAGAUUUACUCAAAGAGAAGUAGAUCUCAGCAUGCUCCAUCCGGUUGCUGAAGCGAAAUUGAGAAAGAGAUCGACCAACGUAGAAGAGGAGCUUCGGGAGGCCAUUGCUGCCAUUAAGAAGCCGAACCGUCAACUAGCGAUGAAGGACGCUGGCAAUGUUAGCCGUGUUCAAGUACAAGCUACUCCCAAGGGCAGUCGCUUCAAGGACUCCACGGCCCCAUCAACUCCUCCGAUCAGUAUUGAGAGGAGCCCGACUAUGAAAAGAAUUAAUCCAGACACCGGAAACGGCCCGAGUGCUGGUAUACAAGAGACGCCACCUCGCCGUUCCCCGUUCAUUAAAUUUUCCGCACUCGAUUCUUAAAGUUUUGGCAGUAGUUAUAUUGCCUACUUAGAAUAGUUUGUGCUCAUUUCCAACGACGUCAUGAAUUUAUAUACACCUUAUGCAUUACAUGAUUGGUGUACGGGACUUUGAACAGUAAACAAACUAUUAAGAUUAGAUACACCAUCAUCAUUAUCAUUCCUACCCAUUUAUCUCUUCAAAAUUGGCACCUUUUAUUCGCUGUAGAACUGUCUAGACCUUUCCUAGCACCGCAUCGGACCUUGAGUAACUUCUUGACCUAUUAAAAAUGAAUGUUUGUCGAAGACCUUUAAUAUAAGACUUCCGCAGG